GGUGCAGGCUUGGAACCGGAGGACGCGCGCUGCCCUGCGAUCCGGAGCCGGCCGGUGACCAAACCCUUGUGACUGAGCGUGACCACUCCUCCGGAUUCUCCUCAGCAGCGAGCCUUCCCAAAGGACCAAUGACUGUGUUUCCCGUGCUCUUUCAUUUCUUCCUCCUCCGUAGCCAUGUCGCGAUCUCGCCAUGCCAGGCCUUCCCGAUUAGUCAGGAAGGAAGAUCCAAGCAAAAAGAAAAACAGCCAACUAAAGAAGACAUCCAAGACAGCCAACAAAAAUGCGGCAUCGGUCAAGACUGUGAGCCCUGGAAAACUAAAGCAAUUAAUUCCGGAAAAAGAUGUUAAGAAAAAAACAGAAAGCAAACCACCCGUGCCUGUCAGAAGCCUUCUGACAAGAGCUGGAGCAGCCCGCAUGAAUUUGGAUCGGACUGAGGUUCUUUUUCAGAACCCGGAGUCCUUAACUUGCAAUGGGUUUACCAUGGCUCUCCGCAGUACCUCUCUCAGCAGGCGACUCUCCCAACCCUCCAUGGUAGUCUCAAAACCCAGGAAAAUUCCGCCUUCUAAAAGUGUAGAAAAGCAGCCUGAAUGUGAUUAUAAGGUACUCACUGACAAGGGAGUGCAGCACCCAGAUAAUGAUUCAGUCCCAAUGCAAGAGGCCCCCAUCCCUCCUGAUGUAGGGAAUCUAAUUGGUGUGCAAAACGCAUCUUUAGUUAAAAGUGAGAGCCAGGAGACAACCCAGUGUUGGUCCCAAAUAGCUGAAGAUUCCAAAGUAAAUCUCCCUACUCCCAGUGGCCCUGCACCAGAGAUCUUUUCUGGGCAGUUGGAAGGGGUACAUUGUGGGGAAAGACUCUUUUCUGAAGACACAUUGAAUGAUAGCAGCAGCUCUCCUAGAGUGUUUGCUCAGGACACUGGGUGUGCUCCUUUGCCCCAAAGAACAGCUCCUGAAGUUACCUCUGAAAGAACCCCCAGUAUUCAGUUAGAAGACUUGGGUUCACGAGUAGAAUCUCUUAAGCUAUCUGAUUCAUACCUGGAUCCCAUCAAAAGUGAACGCAAUUGCUGCCCCACUGCUAGUUUUAAUAAGGUGGUACCUGAAUUGGACCUGGGAAGCUUCUUGUCUCUUGGUGGAUCUAUAUAUCCCACUGCAUUAUUAAAAUUCCUCUUGGCACGCUCAGGACUUGGUGCUAACCCAGAUUAUCAAGAGGCCUUCAAGGCUAUCCUAGGUGAAGAGAAAGUUCUUGAUGGGACUUCUGUUGUAGGACAAGCCUUUAAUACUAUCCCACAUCAAUGGGGAUUUCCUGGUGCUAACCCAGUUCAUGGUGAGGCCCUGGGCGAAACCCUAGUCCCACCAGAAAUUCCUGGUGCUAUUCCAGUCCAAGGAGACAUCUUUGGUACUGUCCGAGGUCAACAAGAAGCCCUUGAUGUCAAUGAAGGUGCUGUCCUGGACCUAUCUACUUUCCGUCCUUUUCCUCCAAACCCAAAUGCUACCUACUGUGCUCCCCCCGAGAGGCCUGACCCCCUGAGCACAGUCUCACAUGGGCCUGAGAUCCAGGGUGCUACACAGAUUUUGCCUUUGGGUUCAGGACAAACUCCUCAACCACCCUCAAACUCAGAAUUAAAUUCUAUACCUCCAGAAAUGGCAAUCAGCAAUGUAGAACAUGAGAAGCAGGUUCACACCAGCUUUCCUCCAGCUAACACUCAGGGUUUUGCAAAUACCCCUGAGGAAGGACUCUACCAUGCUUUAAGGGAUGUUGUCCAACUCUCCCAGGCUGAUCCCAGCACCUGGGAAGGAGGGACCCCCCAGGUCAGCAUGGCCAGCUCUGAUGUUGUCCACACUGCUGGAGUGUCAAUUCCAGUGUCAGUUGCCAGUGCCUCCUCUUCCUUUACAACCCUGUUACCUACUUUGGAAAAGAAGAAACGAAAGCGCUGUGGGGUGUGUGAGCCCUGCCAACAGAAGACCAACUGUGGUGAGUGUACUUACUGCAAGAACAGGAAGAACAGCCACCAGAUCUGUAAGAAGAGGAAGUGCCAGGAGCUGAAAAAGAAGCCAUCUGUCCUUGUGCCUGUGGAGGUUAUAAAAGAAAACAAGAGGCCCCAGAGGGAAAAGAAGCCCAAAGUUUUAAAGGCAGAUAUUGGCAACAAAUUAGUAAAUGGCCCCCAGUCAGAAUUCAUGGAAUACAGUAGUUGUGGUCAUGGGGAAGAAAAAAGAUUGGAAUUGAAUUCAAAUCCCCUUGAAAAUGUAACUAAAAAUGAAGAAAGCAUGACAGGUAUCGAGGUGGAGAGUUGGACACAAAACAAGAAAUCACACUUGACAAAUCAAAUCAAAGAAGAGCUUGUAGCAAGCGUGUCAGAAGCUGAAAAUUCAAAAAAAUCCCAAGAUGACAAGAAAACUACGAAACCUCCUAAAUCUUUUGCACAAACUAUAAGAAAUGGCAUUAAAAAUGUACCCUACAUACCUGCUGAAACAAAUGUGUCAUUUAAAAAAUUCAAUAUUGAAGAAUUUGGCAAAGCCUUUGAAAACAGUUCCUAUAAAUUCCUGAAAGAUUCUGUAAACCACAACAAUGCCAUGAGCUCCGUUGCUUCUAGUGCGAGUUGUGAUCAUCUCAAGGGGAGAAGUAAUGUCUUCCAGAAGCCAGGCCUGAACUGCAAAUCUGCUUCCGAUUCUGCAAACUUCAACUUAACUAGUCAUACCAGUAUACACAAUGAAGGUGAUCAACCAAAAACUCCUGAGAACAUGCCAAGUCAAGAAACAAAAGAUGGAUCUCCAGUUCAACGAAGCCUUUUAUCUCUAAUGAAGGAUAGGAGAUUAACACUGGAGCAAGUGGUAGCCAUUGAGGCUCUGACUCAGCUCUCAGAAGCCCCAUCAGAGAAUUCUUCACCAUCAAAGUCAGAGCAGGAUGAAGAAACCGAGCAGAGAACAGCUAGUUUGCUAAAUAGCUGUAAGGCUAUCCUCUACUCUGUAAGAAAUGAUAUACAAGACCCAAAUUUAGAAGGAGAGCCUCAAAGCCUUCCUCAUUGUCCAUCUUUGGAACAGCAAAGCUCAGGCAACCCAGUGGUAUUCAAUGGCCAAAAUGCCCUUUCCAAAUCACACAUCAGCUCCGUUACUGACCAAGCUACCACAAAGUUACAUGAACAUUCGAAAGUUGCAAACUCAGUGUCUCUUUUUAUCCCCAAAUCAAAUCCAUCUAAAAUCGACACCAAUAAAAAUGUUGCUGAAGGUAAAAUUACUCUUGCUGAUUGUUCCAAAAAUUUGCCUCAGUUGCUGACAAGAAAUAAUAACGUGGGCUAUUAUAACCAGUUAUUGGAAAGCAGCAAAAAUCUUAGUUCAAAGGAGGAUCCAUCCUGUCAGGAUGUAUCAUAUAGUCAAAUUGAGGAAGAUGUUGCAACACAAUUAACCCAGCUUGCAUCAAUAAUUAAAUGUAAUUAUAUAAAACCAGAGGACAAAAAAGUUGAAAAUGCAGCAACAAGCCUUGUUGCAUAUAAUGUCCAGCAGAAGUGUGUUCAGGAGAAGAACAUAACACUACUGAAGCCACCUUCAAGUGUACAAAGUAGUCAUGGCUCAUCAUUAGCAAAGCAAAAGAACCCAACCCAGAAAAAGACAAAAUCCACCCCAUCGAGAGAUAGAAGGAAAAAGAAGCCCACCGUCGCAAGCAGUCAGGAAAGUGAUCAGAAGAAGCAGGAACAGUUGGCAUAUGAGUACAGUAAGUUACAUGACAUCUGGAUAGCAUCCAAGUUUCAAAGAUUUGGUCAAUUUGUUCCUCAUGAUUUUCCUGCUCUGUUGGGGAAAAUUCCUCCUUUAACCAAAAUGUGGAAACCACUGACUCAAACCAGUUCAAUCCAACACAAGAAACUGUUUCCACCACUCAGUCAGAUAAAAUUUGAGAGAUACCCUGAGUUAACCCAGGAAAAAAUGAUGAAGGCUGAACCAUCAGAUUCCCUCCCAGUAUUUCAUGUCAAAACGGAAUCCAACGGGCAGGCACUGCCAGACAGAGCUUCCAAUUCUCAGGUGCAGUCAACAGUGAAUGUCAAUCAGAAAACUCAUCCUCUGGCCCAGCCCUCUGAGCAGUGUGCUAAUGUAAUGACUGGGGAUGACCAAACACACUUCCAGGGUGUCGAAGCGCAACUCCCGCAUCAGAGACUGCCAGCGUUGCCUGGUGCCUCUCAGGAGACACCCUCACCAGACCCAGCAGAUCUUCUUAGGAAUGCCAAUGUAGUGAGUUCAGGUGGAAUUACGGUGGUUUCUCCCAAGAACGAAGAGGAAGUAUGUUCAGCCAGUGUUGGACCAUCCCAGUCUUCCCCUGGAGAAAGUGCCCAGAAGAGCUUCAAUGAUUAUGCCAUGAACUACUUCACUGAAUCUACAAAAAAGCUGGUGGCUACAACGAAAGAUACAGAAGUGCCAUCCUGCAACUGUCUUGAUCGAGGUACACAAAAAGACAAAGGCCCAUAUUAUACACACCUUGGGGCAGGACCCAGUGUUGCUGCUGUCAGGGAAAUCAUGGAGAAUAGGUAUGGACAAAAAGGAAAGGCAGUAAGGAUAGAAGAAGUAGUGUACACGGGGAAAGAAGGGAAAAGCUCUCGUGGCUGUCCUGUUGCUAAAUGGGUUUUGAGAAGAAGCAGUGAAGAGGAGAAGGUUCUGUGUUUGGUCCGGAAGCGUCCAGGCCACCACUGUUCCACAGCUGUGAUCGUGGUGCUCAUUAUGAUCUGGGAAGGCAUUCCCCUCCCCAUGGCUGACAGAUUGUACUCGGAGCUCACCGAGAACCUCAGGUCGUACAACGGCCAUCCCACAGACCGAAGAUGUACACUCAAUGAGAAUCGUACCUGUACUUGCCAAGGAAUCGAUCCCGAGACUUGUGGAGCCUCAUUCUCUUUCGGCUGUUCCUGGAGUAUGUAUUUCAAUGGGUGCAAAUUCGGGCGAAGUCCUAGCCCCAGAAGAUUUAGAAUUGAUCCCAGCUCUCCCUUACACACCUACUAUGAAAGAAUUACUAAACGACGUAAUCGACAAAGAAGAUAUGUGAAACCGGAACCAAUCUGUCCAAAACACAAGGCCAUGGAAAAAAACCUUGAAGAUAAUUUGCAAAGUUUGGCUACAGAAUUAGCUCCAAUUUAUAAGCAGUAUGCUCCUGUUGCUUACCAAAAUCAGGUAGAAUAUGAACAUGUUGCCCGAGAAUGUCGGCUUGGCAGAAAAGAAGGUCGUCCUUUCUCUGGAGUCACCGCCUGCUUAGACUUCUGUGCCCAUUCCCAUAGGGACAUCCACAACAUGAACAAUGGAAGCACUGUGGUUUGUACUUUAACCCGAGAAGAUAACCGUUCACUGGGUGUCGUUCCUCAAGAUGAGCAGCUCCACGUCCUUCCCCUUUAUAAACUUGCAGAUACCGAUGAGUUUGGCUCCAAGGAAGGCAUGGAACGCAAGAUCAAAUCUGGGGCCAUCGAGGUCCUCACGCCGCGCCGCAAACGCAGAACCUGUUUCACCCAGCCCGUUCCUCGCUCGGGGAAGAAGAGGGCCGCCAUGAUGACGGAGGUUCUGGAGCGGAAGGUUAGGGCCGUGGAGAAGAAGCCUGUGCCUCGGGGCAAGCGGAAGAAUAACUCGGCGACAACCCACAACGAGAACAUUAAAAACGUGGCGAUCCAAUCCAUUCCUCACGAAGUGAGGGCAAGCCUGUCUCCAUUCUUGGCCUGGUCCCCAAAGACUGGUUCCAGCACGACAGCUCCGUUGAAGAAUAAUGGAAGGGCCUCGUCUGGGUUUUCUGAACGAAGUAGCCCGAUGCCUUCCGGAAGACACCGUGGUGCUGAUGCAGCUGCUGGAGCAUGCCCCGGCAUGGCACAUCCCGGGGAAGUGGCUGCUCCGCACAACGGGACGGUUUACUCUGAGCCUCCCACUGGGCCACCCGAGCAGCUACCAUCCAGUCAGUCAAACCAGCAGUCCCCCUUCGUGCCCACUGCUCAGGAGCUUGCCUCCUCUCUGGGGGAGGAAUAUGAACAGCAUUCCGAGGCCGAUGAGCCCCCAUCAGACGACCAGCUCUCCGACGACCUGCUGUCCCCUGCCGAGGAGCCCCACAUUGAUGAGUAUUGGUCAGACAGCGAGCACGUCUUCUUGGAUCCCAACAUUGGCGGGGUGGCCAUAGCGCCCACGCACGGCUCCGUCCUGAUUGAGUGUGCCCGGCGAGAGCUUCACGCUACGACCCCUGUCGCCUUCCCAAAUCGGAACCAUCCCACACGCCUGUCCCUCGUGUUCUACCAGCACAAAAACCUGAAUAAGCCCCAGCAUGGUUUUGAACUGAACAAGAUUAAGUUCGAGGCUAAAGAACCUAAGAAUAAGAAAACGAAAGCCUCAGAGCAGACAGACCAGGCAGCUAAUGAGGGUGCUGUGCUGGCCCCGGAAGUAAAUGAAUUCAACCAAAUUCCGUCUCAUAAAGCAUUAACGAUAACCCACAAUAAUUUUGUCACCGUGACCCCUUAUGCUCUCACGCACGUUGCAGGGCCCUAUAACCACUGGGUCUGAUGGCUUCUCUCCCCUUCUCAUUGCCUUUGGUAGUGCAGUGGAUUUUUUCAAGGUGCUGUUAAAGAAAGUCAUGUUGUCGGUUACUAUAUCUUCAUCUCACCCAUUUCAAGUCUGAGGUAAACACAAAACAAAACAAAAAAAUCCGGGGUGGGUACUUAACUGUGACUAUAUCUUGACAAUUGGUAGAAGGUGCACAUUUUAAGCAAAAAUAAAAGUUUUAUAGUUUUAAAUACAUAAACAAAUGUUUUGGCUAGGCGUUAACCUUGAUAGAAUCACUCAGUUUGGUGCUUUAAAUUAAGUCUGUUUACUAUGAAACAAGAGUCAUUUUUAGCAGAUUUUACCAGGUUCAUGUUCUAUGAUGUAAAAUCAAGACCCACAGUGUUAACUCUACACAGCUCCUGGUGCUUCUCCACAU